AUGCUGGCGGAAUGGCAGAGGGAGCUGUACUGGGAUGUGAUGGUGGAGAGCUACCAGACACUGGUGUCGCUGGGUUGUGACGCUCCGAAACCCAAGAUCCUGCUGCUGAUGGAAGAAAAAGGAAAGCCUUAUGCAGAGGACGCUGCUGAGCGAGCUGGCAGAGAUCUUGAUUGUGCAUCUGCAGUGGCUGAACGCCUUCACAGGAGCAGAAAGGUGAAGCUAGAGGACCAUGAAGUUGAAAUCCGAGUCCAUGAGAAUCGGUGUGUCUCAGCAAAGGAUCGGCCUAAUUUGCAGGGCUUGGAGCGCCGUGCUGUGUGUGUAGAGGCUCAGGUGCACUCAGCCUCUCGUCCUGCCCUUGAAGAAGCUCAUGGUGAUGAGCCUGCUUUUUCCGGCAAGUGCCAGACCAAGCCCCGUGGAGAAAUGGAGGUGCCUGUCGACUCUUCUCCUCCACAUGAUGGCAGCUUCUGGCGGCAGGUACAGGUGAACAGCAGCUUCCCCCAGAAUCCCUGCUGCCCUGUGAAGGAGGAAAUUGAGGACGGUGGCUAUGGCGUGAGUCCCAGGGACUCCAAGGAAGAGCCUGAGUCUCCGCUGGGCUCUGAAGGCUCCUGCCCGUGGCUGGGCACUGCUGACAGCCCGAGGAGCCAUGCAGGAGCGGGGCCGUGCCGGGCUGACGAGGACCCGAGCGUUUUCAUCUACAAGACCGAGACGAUCGGGGACCUUGAAGUCCACGUGGUGGAGGAGGCUCUGCCCGGCGAGGACAGCGAGUCCCGGGGGGCCGGGUGGAGAGCACGCUCCACAGACCAGCGCUGCCCCGAGCCGGCUCAGGCCUGGUGGGAGCCCGGCGGGGAGCGUCCGUUCCACUGCGGCCGCUGCGGCAAUGCCUUCCGGCGGCGCUCGCACCUCACCGAGCACCUGCGCACCCACACGGGCGAGAAGCCCUACGGCUGCAGCCUGUGCGCCAAGCGCUUCGGCCGCCGCUCCACUCUCAACAAGCACCAAGAGACCCACGCCAAGGAGCAGCCCCGUGAGGCCACGGGGGGCCAGCCCACGGGCCCAGGCGACCCCCGGCCACGCUGCCCCCAGACCCGCUCGGCAGACAAGGCCUAUCCGUGCCGGCGGUGCCACAAGAGCUUCAGCACGCGGGCGUACGCAGCCCGGCACGAGCGCGCCCACUUGGAGGAGAAGCCCCUUGCCCACCCGUUGUGCCCCGAGCACUUCGGCGGGGAGCUGGGCCAGCCUCAUGCCGCGGACAAGCCCUUCCCCUGCGGCCUGUGCGGGAGCUGGUUCCGGCGCCGCUCGCAUCUCAGCGACCACCUGCGCACGCACACGGGCGAGAAGCCCUUCCCUUGCAGCCUGUGCGCCCGCAGCUUCAGCCGCCGCUCCACCCUCAACAAGCACCAGGAUACCCACGCCAAGGUGGUACCCGAGCCGGCACCAGAGCCCCCGGGCGAGGAGCCUCAGGGGGUUUGCCACGUGGCCGAGCCCUACCCACGCGCCCGAUGCCACAGGAGCUUCAGCAUGCGGGCAUAUGCCCUGCGGCACGAGCGGGCACGCAGGGAGGGGCGGCCAGCGCCACCCAGCACAGGUGACCGUAGUGUUGUUACCCAGAUACCUGGCGUCCAGUGCGAGGCCAGUCCAGGAGGCGGGAAGUUGCCGUGCCCUCUAAUGCAAGGAAACGGCCGCGGUUCUCUGGCCCGUGGGACCAAGGAGGAGCUGGGAGUGCCCGGCGGGGACAAGCCGUAUCACUGCAGCCUGUGCGAGAAGCGCUUCCGGCUCCGGUCAGCCCUGAGCAAGCACGAGCGUGCAGAGGCGGCGAGGAGGCUUCCCCGGUGCCCCCAGGGCUUGCGGAGCCCGCGGGUGCCGUGGUGGCGGCAGCGGGUAAGCGCCGGGGAGGAGAAGCCGUAUGCAUGCGGGCUGUGCGGGAAGCAGUUCCGGCGGCGCUCCUACCUGGCCGUGCACCGGCGCGUGCACCUGGAGGACGGGCCGUACCCCUGCGCCCUGUGUGACAAGCUCUUCGUUUUCAAGGGUGACUUCAUCAAGCACUACGGCUUCCACACGGGCGAGAGGCCCUACCCCUGCCCCUGCUGCGCCCGCAGCUUCCGCAAGCAGUCCCACCUCACCGAGCACCUCCGCAUCCACACCGGCGAGAAGCCGUACCCUUGCCCACGCUGUGGCAAGCGCUUCGGGCGCCGCUCCACCCUCACUAAGCAUCAGCAACUCCAUGCCCGCCGUGUCCCUGCUCCCCAGGCCUUUUCUGUGGAGUCUGCCAUCCAGCAGGCGCCCGUGCCCAGCGUGUGACGGGGUCCUGGGAAUGGUGCACCCGAAUGAGCAUCCUCUCACCGGGCAGUGCCCAGUGGCAUGCCUGGAGGAAGGGCAGUUGCCUUGAUCGCCAAAGGGGAGGGAGCAUCCUUCUUGUUUCCAGGUGGCCCUGGGCUCAGGCUCGCACUGAGAUGGUUCAUGUGGGAUGCUUUGCUCAAAUCAUUUGCCAAAGCUAGACCUGGCUACGACUGGCUAGAGAAGUCGGGUUCGACGGGACCUCCAGAGGUUACAUCUAGUCCACCCCCUGCCUGAGGCAGGACAUCGCUAUCCAAACCAUCCCCUAAUCUAAGACGACCCUCAGUCCUGCUACCACACAGCCCUAACACCUGAACCUGCCACAGAUAAAGUAGGGGGCAUGCCAGCCAACAUCCUGCUUCUAUAAAAUGUAAAUAUGUGCUCAAGAGGUGCCGGGCAGAGGGUCCGAGAGAGAGAGUCGUGUACGUGAGAUGGUUCUCA